UUUCGAAAAACCCAUAAAGCCAAAAGGCCAAAACCCUCCUCCUCUUGGAAAUCAAAAGUUCCCAAUUUUGAAUUUUCCAAGGGUUUAACUGUUGCAGACAGAAAUGGCGUCGUCAAUAUUCAAAUCCCUAAGAAGAUCAACGGCAGUAUUCAGCUCAUCACCAUUUCUGAAUCAAAUUUCAUCAGCAUCUUCUCCCCUCAAAACCUGCGGCUGCCUGCAGAUGCAGAAGAAGUCAAGCUUCUCUAAUGCAGCAACUGAGGAUAGAGAACGAAGAAGAGGUAGAGAAGACGAAGAGAAUGAUGAUAUACCCACUGAAGGAAUUAGCAGACCCAUGUCUGAAAUCCUCAAGCAACUCAAUAAAAAAGUGCCUGAUUCUCUUAUUAGUGUUCGCUCUGAAAAUGGGUUUUCUAUCAAAUAUAUUCCUUGGCAUAUUGUGAAUCGAAUUAUGAACUUACAUUCUCCAGAAUGGUCUGGCGAGGUUAGGAAUGUCACAUACUCACCUGAUGGCAAGUCCGUAACUGUUGUUUAUCGCGUUACACUUCAUGGGACUGAUGCCGAGAUCUAUAGGGAAUCAACAGGAACUGCUUUGUUGGAAGAGAAAGGCUUUGGAGACGCUGUACAAAAGGCUGAAGGAAUGGCAUUUCGCCGAGCAUGUGCACGAUUGGGACUCGGGCUUCAUCUCUACCAUGAAGAUAUGUCAUAGUAUGGUUUCUUUACAAGGUAUAUCCAGUUUCUGUUUCUUUUUGCGGAUGUAAAGGUUGCAUAGCUGUAGCUUGUUCUUUCUUUGUGGGUGUUUUUUCCCCCUGGUGUAUAUGGGACCGAAGGAUAGGCUGUUUUUGGACCGCUAUGCAUCUUGCAAGUGUGUGUAUGAAGGAGAAGAAGAUAGUAGUCGAUUUAUGUACUUGCUGAACAAGAGUCAAAGGAGUCAUUGUCAGAUUAAAACUUGGAACUGUUAUUCGUUGAGAAACUUUUCCAGACAUGUUACAUGCUGUUUAUGCUGAUGCAGUAUAUGUAUGCUUCUUGUCA